ACACCCCUCCAUCUUUCUCUCUCUAAAACUCCGGCACACGGAAGUCGGAAGUCGGCCGUCUGAUCUCUUUCUUUCUGUUCUUCUAAGGUUCAUUCGUUUCGUGCGUAGGAUGAAACAGGGGAAAGUGGAAACUCUAGUAUCAGCCUGCGCCGGCGGCUCCUGCGAUCGGAAAAUUGUCUGUGAGACUUUAGCCACCGCUGAAGACCGGGCCGACGGGGAGCAGCUUCCACCGGAGAAGCCUGAACAGGAAGAGAUCCCUCCAGAUUUCCCGCCAGAAUCGUUCUGGCUUUCUAAAGAUGAAGAGUAUGAUUGGUUCGAUCGGAAUGCGUUUAUUGAGCGGAAAGAGUCGCAGAAAGGUAAUUCCGUCUCGAAUUCGACGAAUCUUAACCCCAAUCUCAAUCCGAGCUCCAAUUCGAGUUCUCAGCGGUUCUUGAAGAAAUCGAAAGCGUCCAUCUUCAGCUUGCCGAAGUCGCAGAAAUCAUGUUUCGAUGAUGUCAAGAAAAGGAGAAACAGUAAGGCUGGGAGCAUUCAGUUGUUCCCUAAGCGAUCUGGAUCUGCUACCAAAUCUGACUCUGCACUAGUCGAACCGUCGUCACCUAAGGUUUCUUGUAUGGGGAGAGUGAGAUCAAAGAGGGACCGGAGUCGCCGAUUAAAGAACUGCCAAAAAUCAGCCGAACCGGAAAACGUUAAAAAGGGAAAAACGAAGGACCGAAGGAGAACUGGUUUCUUUUCGAGUUUUCUUUCUAUGUUCGGCGGCCAUGGAAAAUCACGCGAAACGCACGCACCGCCGCCAGUGAAAUCGCCUCCACGGAACAGCAUCUCCGCCAAAACAAGAGAUAUCAGGACACGUUUGCCGCCUGAUGAUUCCGACGCCAUAUCAGCGGUGUCUUCAUCGCCGCCGAGGAGGAGCAUUGAGGCGGUGGGUCUGGGCGGAAUGAAGCGGUUCGCAUCGGGUAGGAGAUCCGAUCCGUUAAUCUGAAGCGAGCGUCACCGUAUCGAUAAGGGGAUUUCGUGUUGGGUAGGCCAGUUGGUGGGCCACAGCCCAGAACGGUUGCCUUCCUUGCUAGCUUGCUUGCCUGCCGUCGUGACUGUGGGCCCCGCUUUCUUGUUGAAAUUUCCAUUGGGCUGACGUGGACAUCGCGAGUAACGGUUGCUCCGACCCUCAGCUUCGCUCAUCAAGCCAUCAAGGUAAAUAAGGAACUACCACGACUUCUCCAUCAUGUCUGCUUCUCUUUUGAGAAAAAUUGUUUUACAAUUUAGUCUAUAUCUGACUGUAAAAUAAUGGUUCCUUUUUUUUUUUUUUUUAAUAUAAUUAUUUGGGUUUAGUAAAUAUGGGUGAUUUUGAAGUGAACACUUGUAAAUUUUCAUUGUUAUCUCUUAUUAAGAUUUUAGGUCCAAUGACUGUGAGUGAGCAUUGGCAUUGAGAUUUGGCUUUUGAUUUUUGAAACAAUGAUGAUUUAGUUAUAAUAUUUUUCUUGCAAUAUUUCAAUACAAUAUAUUUGUGCUA